ACUUGGAGUCAGCUUUUAUAAUGGAUCUUUAACAGCAGAGUUCGAACUCAACACUAAACAAAUACAUCAGUAAGACGAAAGGAGAUUCCAGGAGAUGAUUAUUUUUGGAAAGGAGACUAAUGGCUGAGACACUUUUGUUGUUUGGAGUUGAGAAGCUUUGGAACCUCCUUGUCCGAGAAUCUGAGCGAUUUCAGGGAAUUGGAGAGCAGUUUACUGAAUUAAAAAGUGAUCUAAAUAUGUUAAGGUGCUUUUUGGAAGAUGCAGACGCCAAGAAACAUACAAGUGCAAUGGUGAGAAACAUUGUUAUAGAAAUCAAGGAAAUUGUUUAUGACGCAGAAGAUAUAAUCGAAACAUUUCUUCUAAAGGAAGACCUGGGAAAAACAAGUGGCAUCAAGAGCAGUGUGAUGAAGUUUUCUAAACGCAUGGGGUUUUCUUUCGAUAUUAAAGCCAUAAGUAAGAGGAUCUCUAAGGUUAUCCGUGAUAUGCAGAGUCUUGGUAUACAGCAGAUCAUUGUCAAUGACGGGUAUAUGCAGUCUUUACAAGAAAGACAAAGGGAAAUGCGACAAACAUUUGCUAACAAUAAUGAAAGCUUUCUUGUGGGGGUGGAGGAAAACAUUAAGAAAUUGGUUAAACAUUUGGUGGAGGAUGAAAGCAGUCAAGUGGUUUCUAUAACCGGGAUGGGCGGUAUUGGUAAAACCACCCUCGCAAGGCAAGUUUUUAAUCAUGAGGCAAUAAAAAGUCAUUUUGCAGGACUCGCGUGGGUAUGUGUUUCACAACAGUUUACAAGGAAGCAUGUGUGGCAGAUGAUCUUGCGGAAACUAAGGCCAGAAUACAAAGUGUUAGAGUUGCCAGAAGACGAACUUCAAGAGAAGCUCUUUAAACUGUUGGAAACACAAAAGGCUUUGAUUGUCCUUGAUGAUAUUUGGAAAGAAGAAGACUGGGACAGAAUAAAACCAAUGUUUCCACAAGAAAAAUGUUGGAAGGUACUACUUACUUCUCGUAAUGAGGGUGUUGCAUUACGAGCAGAUCCAAAUUGUGUCACCUUCAAACCAGACUGCCUAACUCUCGAGGAGAGUUGGACAAUUUUUCAAAAGAUAGCGUUUCCUAGAGAAAAUAAUGCUGAAUAUAGAGUUGAUGUGAAAAUGGAAGAGGUGGGUAAACAGAUGAUCAAACAUUGUGGAGGUUUACCAUUGGCUGUUAAGGUGUUAGGCGGGUUAUUAGCUGCACAAUACACAUUGCAUGAGUGGAAACGGAUAUAUGAGAAUAUUAGAUCUCACAUCGUUGGUGGGACUACCUUCAGUAACAAAAAUAUUAGCUCGGUUUAUAAUGUUUUAUAUCUAAGUUUUGAAGAGCUACCGGUAUAUUUGAAGCAUUGCUUCCUCUACCUUGCCCAUUUUCCAGAAGAUUCUACGAUAGAUGUGGGGAAUUUGUCCUACUAUUGGGCUGGAGAAGGAAUACCAAGACCGAGAUAUUGUGAUAGAGCGACCAUUCGAGAGGUCGCAGAUGAAUACAUAAAAGAAUUGGUGAAGAGAAAUAUGGUUGUAUCCGAAAGAGAUGUUGGUACUUCAAGAUUUGAAACAUGUCACUUACAUGACGUGAUGAGAGAAGUUUGUAUGCUUAAAGCUGAAGAAGAGGAUUUCCUACAAAUUGUUACAGACACAUCAACUACAAAUUCUAAAGCUCCUUGUAAGUCCCGCAGACUCGCCAUAAAUUGGUCUAAUGGAACAAGUUGUCGGGUGGGGGGGAUGAAGAAUCCAAAACUUAGAUCUCUCUUGUUUACGAAUAAGCCCAAUUGGAUGGAUACAACAUUAUGCUUUACAAGGCUACAAUUGAUGAGGGUUUUAGAUCUUUCUGGUGCCCAAUUUGAAGGAGGGAAGUUGCCGUCUAGCAUCGGAAAGCUCAUUCACUUGAAAUAUUUGAGUUUAUAUCAGGCACAAGUAUCUCAUCUACCUUCUUCUAUGCGGAAUCUGAAGUUGCUUCUCUAUUUAAACAUAUGUGUACAAGAGAGAUGCUCAAUCUACAUGCCAAAUUUCUUGAAAGAAAUGCAAGACUUGAUAUACCUCUCUCUUCCAUGAAGAAUAGAUGAUAACGUAAAGAUGGAUUUGAGUAAUCUAAGCAACCUAGAGACAUUGAUGAAUUUCUCAACAAAGCAUGGGAGAUCAAGGGAUCUACAGGAUAUGACACAGCUCAGAGUCCUCUCUAUCUUUAUUAGAGGCGGAUGUACCGUGGAGACGCUAUCUUCAUCUCUAAGUGAAUUGAGACACUUGGAAAAUCUUGCUAUAUAUCACUAUAAGAUGUAUCCUCCCACGAGUGAUGCAAAAGGAUUAGUUUUGGAUUGCGUUCAUCUUAAACAACUUAAGUUGAGAAUACAUAUGCCAAGGUUACCUGAUGAACAACACUUCCCUUCUCACCUUAGAGACAUAUCUCUAACUGAGUGUUGUCUUGAAGAGGAUCCAAUGCCAAUCCUAGAGAAGUUGCAUCACUUAAAUGAGGUCAGAUUAUUGAAUAAAUCUUUCUGCGGGAGGAGAAUGGUUUGCUCGGGUAGUGGGUUUCCUAAGUUGCAAAAGUUAUAUCUAUUUGGACUAGAGGAAUGGGAAGAGUGGAUAAUAGAAGAAGUCUCAAUGCCCCUUCUUCAUACUCUAAGUAUUCGUAACUGUCAAAAGUUGAAGGAGCUUCCUGAUGGGAUAAGAUUUAUCAUUUCCUUGAAGAAACUGAAUAUCACCUUAGGUAACUGGGACUUUAAGAAGAAACUGUCUAAAGGAGGAGAAGAUUUCUACAAAAUCCAACAUAUUUCUUUUGUUGGAAUUGUAUAAGACUCUACAAUUAUAUAUAGACAAACAUGUAAU